AUGGCGGCGGCGUUGGCGGGUGGGUUUCAGUCGCCGCCGCCGGAGACGAUGAAGGGGAAUGAGAACGUGGUGAGCGCGGUGGUUCCUUUGAUGAAGCUCCUGAGCUUGACGGUGAUCGGUCUCGUCCUCGCCCACCCGAAGACCCAGAUCGUCCCCAGGGCGACCUUCCGGCUUCUGAGCAAGCUCAUCUUCGCCCUCUUCCUCCCCUGCUUGAUCUUCGUCCACCUCGGGGAGUCCAUCACCCUGAGCAGCGCCCUCCUCUGGUGGUUCGUCCCCGUGAAUGUGGUCCUCAGCACCGCCGUGGGCUGCGCCCUCGGCUACGCCGUCGCCCUGCUCUGCCGGCCCCCGCCGGAGUUCUUCCGCUUCACCGUCAUCGUCACCGGCUUCGGCAACACCGGCAACCUCCCCAUUGCCAUCAUCGGCUCCGUCUGCCACAGCUCCGACCACCCCUUCGGCCCCGACUGCCACCGCAUCGGCAUCGCCUACGUCUCCUUCGCCCAGUGGGUCGCCGUCAUCCUCGUCUACACGCUUGUCUACCACAUGAUGGAGCCCCCCAUGGAGCACUACGAGAUCGUCUCCGUUGCAGAGGCGGGGCCGCCGGACGAGGAGGAGAUUGCGCCGGCGGCGGUGGAGGAGGUCACCUGCAACAUCAGCAGGCCGCUGCUGCAUGAGGCUGAGUGGCCGGGGAUGGAGGAGAAGGAGACGGUGCACUGCAAGACCCCCUUCAUUGCCAGGGUCUUCGCCAGCCUUUCCGGGUCCUCCCAGAGCUACUUCCCCGACGUCGACCUCUCAGAGGAGGACGGCGGCGCCGGCGGCGGAAGCAGCAGCAGCCCGAAGUCGAUCCGGUGCCUGGCGGAGCCGAGGGUGGUGAGGAGGAUGAGGACAGUGGCGGAGCAGACGCCGAUCAAGCACAUCCUGCAGCCGCCCACCAUCGCCUCACUUCUGGCCAUCGCCGUCGGCAUGACGCCGGCGCUGCGGAGCUUCGUCUUCGGCGACGACGCGCCGCUGGCUUUCGUUACGGACAGCUUGGACAUCCUCGCCGCAGCGACGGUGCCGUCGGUGAUGCUGAUCCUCGGGGGGAUGAUGGCGGAGGGGCCGAGGACGUCGCGGCUGGGGGUGAGGACGACGGUGGGAAUCCUGGUUGCGAGGUUGCUGGUGCUGCCGCUGGUGGGGAUCGGGGUGGUAGCGGCGGCGGACAGGAUGAACCUGCUCAUCACCGGCGACCAGAUGUACAGGUUCGUGCUGCUGCUGCAGUACACGACGCCCAGCGCCAUCUUGCUGGGGGCCAUCGCCAGCUUGAGGGGGUACGCCGUCAGCGAGGCCUCCGCGCUCCUCUUCUGGCAGCACGUCUCCGCCGUAUUCUCCCUCUCUCUCUACAUCGUCGUCUACUUCAAGCUGCUGUCCUACGUCUGA